AUGAAAAGUGUCAAGGAGUUGAUGGAAGAAGAGGUAAGUCUCAAUCGUUUUGGUGGUUUUGCUUUUAGAUUACGUAUGUUGUAAGAAGGUUAUGAAAUAGGUAAUUAACAUGCUAUUUAAAAUAGCCAACUUGCCACCUAAAGUUUAAAUUUUGAUGUAUUUUCAUAAAAAGUUAUGUUAUCUUUGGCUUCUUGUUGUCUAAAAUUUGGAGUUUAUGUUGAAUUAAUAAUUAUCUAACUUCCGUUAUAUAAGACUAAGUUUUGUAUUGACGAAUUUACAACCUUUUUUAUGUAAAUUACAAUUUUCAGCGUCGAGAUGAAGAAGAAUGGCAUAAGAAGCACGAACAAGAACACAUAAAACAUCGUGGACAUGAUGUAAUGCACGCCGAGAUCUUUAUUAUAUUUAUAUUAGUUAUGGCAGUAUCUCAGAUCAUACUGGUCGUGUGGAAACGCAAACAUUUUCGAAGUUAUCAAGUGUGCACAUUACUUGGCCUAUGGUUAAUACCGCCGAUUCUGUCGAUUGCCAAGGAAUUCUACCGGUUUUUGUUCACUUGGGUUGUUUUUAGUGCGAUCUCGGGUUAUAUAUUCAAAUUAUCGACUGCUGAUCAUAUUAGUGGCAAGACGCCGCGGUAGGUUAUGGAUAUAAUUAUGUGUAAACAAUGUUUUAGGCUGUGCAAUUUUGUUUUAUUAUAAUUUAAUGAUAAAACAGGUUCAAGAAUAGUAACUUAUUCUAAUUUUAGGUUUGUGUACAACUUUUUGAUGGCCUUACACGUGAUGUCGUAUGUUUUGGGAAUUUUCGGCUAUGCUAUAAUAUUGGGAGCUCUAUUCGGUGUCAAUUUUAUGAUCGGUGUAAAAACCUCGACGUUUAUGGAUCUGGGAUUGUUGUUAAUGUUCUACGGUAUUUAUUAUGGUGUGCUCGGAAGAGAUUUUGCCCACAUUUGCACGGACAGAAUGGCAUGCAAAAUUGGUGUAUGUUUUUUUUUAAUUGUUGAAGUUAUGCUAGGCUUAAGCUUACUAAGCCUAAACCUAAUAAGCUUAUGCUUGCUAAAUUAAUCAAAACUUAACCUUAAUAAGAUGAUAGCUGUUGUAUUGUUAUUAUUUGCAUUUUUAGUACUUCACAAACGAAGGCUUGCCAAAGAAGACUCUAGACCCAAAUGUAUGUGCAGUAUGUGGUGACAUUGUGCGACCAGCACCAAAAGAACGUGAACUCUCGGACGAACUGGAGGAGCCAACCUACACGCUCACAUGUGGACACAGAUUCCACGAACGAUGCAUACGAGGUUGGGUUGUUAUAGGAAAACUUCAAACAUGCCCAUACUGCAAAGAAAAGGUAGAUCUUCAGCGAAUGUUCAAAAAUCCAUGGGAGAAGCCGCAUUUAUUCUACGGAAAACUGCUGGACUGGUGCCGUUACCUGGUGGCCUGGCAGCCACUCAUCUUAUUUAUUGUGAAAGUCCUCAACAACUACUUUGGCUUGGAAUAG